AAGCCUUAGGGACAGUGUCAGCGUUGUGGACUUAGGUGUUUUCCGCAACAGGUUGGUCCUCCUCCCGACAAGAAAGCCUCGCUGAUCCCAAAAGAUGAUUACUCGCCCGCCAGUGUCAUCCGAGGCGGACUGAGCGGCGUGUUAUUAAGUGAUUGCGUGAGGAUCGUCCGUGUGUGGGUAUUGACCUUAAUGAUUUGCAUGCAAUGUGUCUUUUACGUUGACGAGUAACCUGUUGUGUCCCAUUGUGUUAAUACAAAGAUUAGGAGACGCAGGUGUGUGGAGCGGGGCGGUGCUCUGGCAACAGGUCUGACGCAGAGGGGCGGAGCCGUCUCCCCGCCUUAUAUAUACCGGCGAGAGGCGGGACAUGCCACUUUAGAGACGCCCUUCUAGCGGCACCCUCACGCCUUCAGUCCUGCGGAGCGACAACACUGGGGACGAGAAGCCUGUUGAUUGUCCGUCAGACGACACUAGCACCGCUCACCAUGGCUACCAACAAGAUUUCUAUCAAGUUCCGCAGCAUCACUUACCCGAACAAUGAAAAUUCUGCUCAGAAGAAACAACGAGGAAGGCUUCAGAGGAUGCCGAGUUUUGACUUCACUGUGACCGACUCCCCGACGACCUCAGCGGCGAAGGCGUCGAGCACCAGGAGAGAAGUGUCGGCCGAGGGGAGGCUUCGCACCAAGCAGUUCCAGCACACCCACGUCCCCGCCGCCACCCUCGCCCCAGGACAGAAGAUGCUCAGGUUCUCGGACGAGUGUUGGUACAGCUCGCCGCGGGAGCAGCCCACAGGACGGCCCCACACUUCAAGCGUCAGCUGUCUCACGUCGCCCAAAUCCAAGCCAGGAUCCGCCGUCAGGAUGGGUGGCAGCAGCAACGUGGAGCGCCUUGUGGAUUGGUCCCGACAGUCACCCGAGAAACACUCCGUCAGUCCCAGCAGCAGCCAAGACCUCGGCCAUCGACACAGUCGGUCGAAGGAACGUCGCACAGAACGGGAUCCGGCCAACGAACGACGCAGCCACUACAGCACCUCCAUCAGUCUUCCACCGCCGCCAAAGGUCACCGAACAGAGCUCAACGGAAACUACUCCUUCCACGUCCUCGGUGACACCUGAGGCUCGAGGGCGACGCUCACAGUUCAGGAGGGCGUGGUCAUUGUUCUCUCUCGCUUGUGACAAGGAGGUGGAGCGCGAACGGCGAGAGAAAUCACCACAACAGAAGAUCCUGAGGCCGCCAACACGCCACUUCUACCGCAGAGGACUCUCCGGACUCCCCAUCGAGUGCUCCACCAGAUAUCUCGGCCUCGCCUACUGAUUUUCAGCCGAGGCGGACCCGGCGGUCCGCCCAAGGCAGUGGACUAGAUGAACGUUGGUGGUGUGUAAAGCCUAGCUUUACAAGCAUCGCUAAUUUGUGGCCCCUGGCGGCCGUGUGGCGACACAACGAACGCGUGGAUUGUUGAGGUCUUGUGGACCAAGGAGUGUCAAGCAACACGCGAGUCUGUGGCUGAUGGUUCUGUGGCUCAGUUCAUGUGGUGAUUGUGGUUGUGCAGCCGAUGCCUUGUGUCCCGGCGUGGUGUCUGGUGACAAAGUGCAUGUGCUGAACGGUCGUUGUGUAGGCCGUGUGUUAUUGUGCUCACCUCACGCCAACAGUUGGCGUGAAUUGUAAAGUAGGACAUAGAUUCUAAAGUCUCUAUUUUCUCACCUGCAGCACACCCAUUAAGUGUGGAGGGUCUGAUGACAUGCAGCACUAUAGUGUUUGGUAAAUAAGUCGUGCCCAUCACGUGCACGGCGGCCCAGGCCUGGCCGCCCGUAGCCCGUGGUGUCGGAGCUGUCUUCUAGGUGUCCUGUGGAUACUGUUUGGUCGCCAGCUGUUCAAAGUGACCUUUCCUGACCAUGUCUGACCGUGGCGGGCGAGCAAGGCGCCGCUCGCCCGCCGCUGUGCUCCUGUCCCCGCUGCCUCCGUGUCUGCUCCCGCUGAAUGUUUCUAACGAUUUUGUACAUAAUUUACAUUGAAUGAAUAAAAUGCAAACCAUA